AUGAGUCCACCAUACGGAGGUAAUUCUCCGGCUGGAGGUGGUCAAGGGGCUCCUCCAGGUACUUUGGCACCCGGAACACAAAUCAUGGUUGGACCAAUCGUUGUUACAGUACAGAAAUAUUUAUCUCAAGGUGGAUUUGCACACGUAUAUUUGGUCACAACCGAUAAACCAGUUCCGAUGCCAGUCUCAGCAACUUCAGCUCCAGGAGCAACACAAAGUACAACAAAAGGUGAAACAUUGCAUGUUCUCAAGAGAAUGGCUGUUCCUGAUAAAGAAUCGCUGGCAAGCGUACGCAGUGAAGUCGAAAUUCAUAAACAGCUACGAUCGCAUCCCAACAUCGUACAUUUCAUAGAAGCAAGCGCAACUGCAUUACGAGGAGGAGGAUAUGAGAUCUUCAUCUUGAUGGAAUAUUGUGCUGGAGGAGGAAUCAUAGACCUAAUGAAUGCAAGGCUACGGACAAGGUUAAGUGAAGCAGAAGUACUGAAAAUUUUUGGUGAUGUAGCAGCAGGUUUGAGUGUGAUGCACAACCUCAAUCCACCCCUGAUGCACAGAGAUCUCAAAGUCGAAAAUAUCCUUCUUUCUCCACCACCAAGAUCGAAUCCAGGCGUUGGACCGACGUACAAAUUAUGCGAUUUUGGAAGUUCAAAAGCUCUCACUUCCCGAACGCCGGCCCAGACGUUGGAUGAAGUGAAGUUGGUAGAAGCAGAUCUGAACAAGCAUACCACGUUGCAAUACCGUGCUCCUGAAAUGGUCGAUGUCUAUCAAAGGCGGGUCAUUGACGAAAAGGCCGAUAUAUGGGCUAUGGGUGUGCUGCUAUAUAAGCUCUGCUAUUACACAACACCUUUUGAAGAGAAUGGAGGUGGACCUUUGGCAAUUCUUAAUGCAAGAUAUCGAUUUCCGCAUAUGCCACCGUACUCGCAAAGGCUAAAGGAUCUUAUUGCUUCUAUGCUGCAAGAACAAUCCUCAAGUCGACCUUCGAUUGAUGAGAUUUUACUGCGAGUACACAGAAUGCUGGGCACUCAGCCG